CCACGUAACCCUCGAGCCAAACGCAGCGCGGGAUCCCUAUAUGUAUACGUCGCGGGUCGUGAGAGAGGGACCUGCGUAUAAUUCUUUUUUGUCUUCUUCUAUCGCUUGUUAGAGUCAGUUGCAUUGCAGAGUCGGUCGCCUUAACUGUCGUGGACGCCAACUUGAUUAUUUCGCAGCCAACUCCGGUGUAGUACAGCGCCGUACAGUGUUGUGUUUUUCGUGACCCGACGCGCUCCCGUUUGGCCAAUUCUUUUGAUUGUGCGUGUGGUUGUGUGUGUGGACGAGUCGUUGGUGAAUUCUUUCGGCGUGCGUGAAAGGCGACAACUGCCGUUUUUCAACAAGUUGUUGUGUUGUUGGGCGUGUCCCCAACGCGAUUUCUCGGCGGUUAAAAACAACCCAACAACAGCAAACACCAUCAUGGCCGAAAUGAAAGAUGUUGUCGGGUCGCUUCUAGGCCGCUGGGCUGUGCCUGCCCUCAAACUCAUCCAAAUCUUGCUGGCCAUCAUUUGCAUCGCCCUGUUGCGCUAUUACAAUUUAUCCUUCGGCGGAGAACUCAACCAGGCCUCCUAUCACGAUCGUUACCUCUUCGGUGUCAUGACCAUCGGUGGUAUGCUGCUCGUAACCAUUCCCAUCUUCGUGGCCCACCUUUUCGGAUCGGAAAUUCGACCAGGAUUGGAUUUGAUUUACUCGCUGAUGGGAUUCGUCCUCUUUCUGACGGCCGGAAUCCUCUCGCUUGAAUUUUACGUCAUCUACCGCAAUCGGCCAGGCAAUUUGAAUGCGGGGCGAUCGCUCGGGUCGAUGCUCAUCAUCAAUUCAUUCUUCUUUCUGCUCAACACAAUCGUUUCUCUGGUUCGAAUUUUCCUCAAGUAAUUCGGCAGUUUCAUCUCAACUCUGAAGCACAAAAACAAGGAAAACCAAAUUUUCAACACAAAAUCCAAUCAGACAAAAUUAGUUUAAUAUUUUAUCUAGAAAUUUUCUUAGAUGUUUCCAACUCUUCAUUUCGAAAGGGUUGGGCAACGAAUUUUGUUGUGUACCAUAUUUUUUCUGUUGAGCCACCACCAUGCAAAUCACACACACCAAACUUGUAACCAAUAUCACACAAUAUUUCUUAUUAGCUCUAUUUAGAGAUGAUGCCCUUCUAUACUAUUUUAAAAAAAUGAAGUUGUAAUAACGUCCUAUCCGACUGCCGAUACCGGUGCUCUAAUUUAUCAAGAAAAUUGGCACUGCAACCAAAAUCUCAAUUGUGUAGAGUCUGAAAUUAAGUAGAUGACGUUCUGUUGACGUGUGGAAACAACGGCAUCAAAUACAAAAGUAUCUCAUUUUUA